AUGGCAGACCAAACCUCAACCACCCCCGCCACCGCCAACACCGGCACCCAGACGCAGACCCAGCAGCAACAGGCCCAAGCGGCGAGCGACGCAUCUUCUCGCCCAACCGGCGCUGGAGUCGACACAGGUGCCGGGACGACUAGGCCCAAGACAGAGGCUGAGAUCGAGGCCGACAAGCGCUAUGAGGAGGCCAUGGAGGACGAGUAUGCCAAGCGGGAGGGCGGUGCUUGA